GAACAAGAAUAAGAGAAGAAGCAUGAAGCGUUGUAGGUUUGUUGCAGUGGCUGUGAUGAGUCUUCUGAUCACUUUGACUUACACUGAGGCGGUUGGUGAGUGUGGUCGCAUGCCAAUUGGUCAAGCCGCGGCUAGCCUAAGCCCGUGUUUGCCUGCUACAAAGAACCCGAGGGGUAAGGUUCCACCGGUUUGCUGUGCCAAAGUUGGUGCUCUUAUCAGAACCAAUCCUCGUUGCCUUUGUGCUGUAAUGCUCUCUCCUUUAGCCAAGAGAGCUGGAAUCAACCCUGGGAUCGCAAUAGGUGUUCCCAAACGCUGUAACAUCCGCAACCGUCAGGCUGGCAAGCGAUGUGGACGUUACACUGUCCCAUAAAUCACCAUGGCUUCGCAUAGAGUACGAGGAGUUAACCGCGGUUUGGAUUAAUGAAGAGGAGUUGUUAAGAUUUAAAUAAAAUGUGUUUCACUUACCUUUGUAGAGGAGAAAUGUGAACUAUAGAUAUCCUUUAAUAAUCUAUAUAAUCUACUGUUCCACUAUAUAUGAGUACUUCUGCAUACUUAGUAUAUAGUAUAUACUAUGAGAUGGAUCUCUGAUUUAAAAUGGUGAUGACAUGGGUGCAAUGUUUUGCUUCUGAUUUA